UGUUGCUGGGUUGAGCCGCCUGUGGAGGCGGCGGCGGCGGCGGAGGCGAGGGUGAGGUGGGGCCGAGACAGCUGCUAGCAGGUGCCCGGCCCACAACAUCUCUCACCUGCCUCGUGGCCCGGGUUAUACAGGAGAGACGGAACGGGGUGACUGCCUAUGGCCCACUGGGGAUGUGGAAGCUGCAGCGGGAGCAGCGAAGGAGAGAAGCCUUGAAGCGAGUCAGCUGAUGCCUUCUCAAAGAAAGAACUCCAACACCACAGACUGAACUUCAAGCAGAACCUUUCUACCCAUCUUGAACAUGGCUGGUGGAAUCACAGAAACCGGGGAGCUUUAUUCCCCCUAUGUUGGAUUGGUGUACAUGUUCAACCUGAUUGUGGGCACCGGUGCUCUCACUAUGCCCAAGGCUUUUGCCACUGCUGGUUGGCUUGUCAGCCUAGUCCUUCUCCUGUUCCUAGGCUUUAUGAGCUACAUGACCACCACCUUUGUAAUGGAAGCCAUGGCAGCAGCCAAUGCUCAACUUCGCUGGAAGAGGAUGGAAAGCCGUAAGGAGGAAGAUGACGAUGACUCUUCUACAGCUUCUGAUGAUGAUGUUCUCAUCCAAGAAAACUAUGAUCGGUCAGAGAAGCAGCCCAUCUUGUCUGUGCAGAGAUAUGGAUCUCCUAACAUUUUUGAAAUCGCAGAUCGUGUGGAGAUGGGACAAAUGGCCUCUAUGUUCUUUAAUAAAGUGGGAGUCAACUUGUUUUAUUUUUGUAUCAUUAUCUAUCUUUAUGGGGACCUAGCUAUCUAUGCUGCAGCUGUGCCCUUAUCACUUAUGCAGGUGACAUGCAGUGCCACUGGCAAUCACUCCUGUGAUAUGGAAGCCAGCACCAAGUACAAUGACACGGAUGUGUGUUGGGGCCCUAUCAGACGAAUUGAUGCCUACCGAAUCUACCUGGCUGCGUUCACACUGCUUCUUGGACCUUUCACCUUCUUUGAUGUCCAGAAGACCAAGUACCUCCAGAUCUUGACAUCUUUGAUGAGAUGGAUUGCCUUUGCCAUCAUGAUUAUCCUGGCAUUGAUCCGUAUUGGACACGGGCAAGGAGAGGGGCAUCCGCCCAUAGCAGACUUCUCUGGAAUCCGCAACCUCUUUGGGGUGUGCGUCUACUCCUUCAUGUGCCAGCACUCGCUGCCCUCCCUCAUCACGCCCAUCUCCUCCAAGAAGCACAUCACCCAGCUGGUGCUGCUGGACUACGUGCUGAUCCUGGCCUUCUACAGCCUCCUUUCCUUCACAGCCAUCUUCUGCUUCCACAGUGACAGGCUCAUGGACAUGUACACCCUCAACUUCACGGGCUGCGACGUAGUGCGCCUGGUUGUGAUCCGCUUCUUCCUGGGCCUCUUCCCUGUAUUCACCAUCAGCACCAAUUUUCCCAUCAUUGCCGUGACUCUUCGAAACAACUGGAAGACGCUGUUCCACCGGGAGGGAGAGAUGUACCCGUGGGUGGUAGACCGAGUUGUGUUUCCUAUCAUCACCUUGGUACCCCCCAUCCUUGUGGCCUUCUGUACCCACGACCUGGAGUCCCUGGUGGGAAUCACAGGCGCCUAUGCCGGCAAUGGAAUCCAGUACGUCAUCCCUGCCUUUCUGGUGUACUACAGCCGGAAAGACACAAAGCUUGUUUUUGGCUCUGGGACAAUCAACAAGCACAAGUCCCCUUUCCGAAGUACCUUCUGGGUGGGCUUUGUGCUGGUCUGGGCUUUUUCCUGCUUCCUUUUUGUCACAGCCAACAUAAUCCUGAGUGAGACGAAGCUUUGACUGUGGGAACGUUUCCCAACACCCGGCUCCUUUCUGCAGGAUUGCAGGCCUCCCUUCGUCCUCCAUCUUAUGGCCCCCAUUCUUCCACCAUAGGGCAGACGUUGCCAGUAAUCAGGUCUGAUGGCUGUUAGGAGGCCCAUUACCUCUCCAGGACUCCAUCAGAGAUGGACCGCUGAAUCCCCUGCGUGGCACCCCAGGUGAAAUUUGGAAGCAGUGCCGGCACUGUGACAUCCUAUUUCUACUGGACCCGAUGGGUGCCUCCCUCUAUUCCCCCCCACUUAGGCUGGGGGAAAACCUAGGUCUUUGCUGUAGGAGAUCUGUGGCAGAGGCCCUCUUGCCUGCUUCUCCCCUUGCCCAGGACAUGUCUUGCUUCCCGAGCUACUAAGAAACCAAUCUAGUGAAAGCACAUGUCACUUUUGCCUUAGCGUAAUGGGAAGCCAGCAGGGCCUGGAACUACAAGGACACAGGAGGGAUGGUGAGCCGCAAGGGUCCUGAGCCCCUGCUGUGGAUGCUCAGGAGAGAUCAGGCCGCUCAAUACCGACCUAGUUCUAGAUCAUGUCUAGCCUGAGUGUUCCCUAGGAGAGGAGGUAAAAGGGCCCUUUCAUCUUUUCCACUUCUCACAGGGGAUUAAUGAGAAAGGGCUAGAAAGAGAAGGGAUCUGAAUCUUCACCGCAGAGGAUGCUGGGUGAAGAAGACACUGUAUUCCCCCACAGAGCCAGGAUGUUGUGUGGCAGCCCAUGCCAGUGCCCUGAGCGAGGUAUCAUGGCAUUAGAAUGAGCAUCAAUCAGGGGCAGCUAGGUGGCACAGUGGUAGAGCCCCAGCCCUGAAAUCAGGAGGAUCCAAGUUCAAAUCUGGCCUUAGACACUUAACACUUCCUGGCUGUGUGACCCUGGGCAAGUCACUUAACCCUAUUGCCUCAGCAAAAAAAAAAGGGGGGGGGGAUGGGCAUCACCUCAGACAGAUUGGUGCCUUUGGUCACUUUUGGGGUGACCCUUGACACAUCUAGCAGUGGAAAUCCCAGCUUCCAGGAAGACAUAGUGGCCCUUGGAGAUCUGGCUGAGGUUGGAUUAAGUGAGAAACAACUGAGCAAUCAAUAGCCAGCCACCUGAUGCAUCCUCAGUCAUCUGGGAGGAAACCCCACAUACCCUCCCCUAGCACCCCUCUCCCUCAGAGGAAUUCUGAGCCCUUUGCUGGGCUGUUCUGAAAUGAAGCUUCAUCCGUUCCAUGACUGCAGCCCAUCCUCACUGCUUUUCACCUCCGACUCACUCCUUUGAGCCCUCCUGGUGCGUGCCCUGUCAUUUUCACAUGGACUAUAAUGAACUUUGCGUCAAAUGUGCCUUCUGCAGCAUCAGGGCCUGGGUCCCUCCUGCUGAGAUACAGGAGGGCCCAGAUUAUUCUCAUACUAUUCCAUGUUCUCUGUGUCCCUGUAGGCUUAGGAGCAGUCAAAUGUAGAAAAUGGGGUUCCCUUGGGAGAGGGGAGGCUUCCCUAAGGUUGGUCCUGUUCCCCUCCCUGCAACACACCUAAUUUCAGUGCCUUGCUCAGCACCUUUUAUUUCUCCUCACCUGCAUCCCACACAUUUCCCUAUCAGGAAAAUAUCCAGUCCUAGAGGGUAGAGAUGAUCUGUAGAAGACUCCUGCCUGAGGACUGGGGGGCAUAGGAUGAGAAAAGGAGCAUUGCCUUAAGCAUGAAGCCUGGGUCCUCGGAAGCGGGCACACCCCCACUGUUAGGUCCCAUGCCGCCUGAACCCAGCAGGGUGCUUUUGAGAAUUAGAUUGUCUUAAUUGGACAUCAUCUUCUUCCAAUCCAUCACCUUGCAUUUUGUCUCACAGCUCAUCAUUAUGUGUAAUUAUUUUCCAACUAAAUGAAAAAUAAAAGCCCCUUCCCCAUC